UUGUUCUUCACCUCCCUUCCUGCUCCUUCGUGUCUUCGCCUCCAGAAUUCGGCUGGAAACCCUCUUCUUCUAUACCCCCAAUUUUAGCCUCUCUUACUUCUUGCUUGCUUUACUUUGACUGGUCUGGCUGAGUGAGCUACAAUACCGCCUCACCCGCUUCGGCCGUCGUCCCUUCCUUCCUCUUGGUCCUGCCUUCGUCACCCAUCGUCCGUCACCCCUCCCCUUCCACCACUUUUCUCCCCUUCACCUACCUCAGUCUAGUCCAUCCCCCGAUCUUCCCCUCAAUCUGCCCCUCGGGAUCGACGUCGUUUUAUCCAUUCGAGGAGGCGCUCGCCAACGUUGACUCUUACGUUCCCUUCGUCGCGAACAUUUCCUCUUCCUUUACCCAGGCUGCACAUUUCUUAAGGAAACCCGAAAAAUAGUACACCAACCAUUACCAAAAGCCGAGAGCCAUUGAACGUCCUCGCCAUUUCCGGUGCCUUCAAUCGCAAUCAUGGCAUGGGGUAAGAAAGCGCAACCGCCGCCCCCUUCAACCAUUAGUCAAAUCCUACCCCUCAUCAUCACUUUUGUCUUCCUCGCAGGCGUCGCCUGGGUGCUCUGGCAAGUGUACAUAUCAGUCACCAAGAUCCAAGAGACGGCAUCGGAGCGCAUGGGCAAAAAGAACGUCGUCUUCACAAAGGAUGGAGUACGUGUCGGCGUCAAGCACACCUCGACCGAGAAUUACGUCGACCAGACCCAGAGCUGGGUCGUCAAAGCCUGGAACCUAAGCGGAAAUACUGUCGGCCAAAUCAAGAAGACCAAGUAGCAGCCCUAGAACGUCUUUCUAGUGUCACUACCUCGGCUGAACAGCGGGUUUGGGGGCACGGAGAGGGCUAUCGAAUACACCGCAAAAGAUGGCCACGGCUCGUUUUCAUUCCACCGAUGGAGGAGAUACUGAACCCACGAGGGAUCGCAGACGCAGGAUUGAUCCUUUUUGAGAUGGCCCUGCUGAGCCUGUGAUAGUCAGAGUGGUGGUCAUGGCGGGGAGGGAACCGGGCAGCGUGCGAUAUCCGAGCGCCGAACGGUCCAGGGUUGGGAUGGCACCUGGGCGGGAUAAUUUUUGCAUACAGGAGGAUCAACACUGUGUCGACGUGACGGUCGAGGUUCUCAACUCUCGAGUUGCUUUUUUUCUCUUGGUGGUUUUCUUUCUUCAGUCU